AUGUCCAAAGUGGAGAAGAAAACAGUGGGAACUCGCAGAGAGAUGACGCAGUCGGUUGAAGCCCUGGAGACAAGCUCACAAACGCAAGUCCAAGUUCAAGAUCAAGAGAUAGUCUUUGAGGAGAAGAGAGCUGCAGAAGUGAGGAAAGCUGAGAGGUUUGAAGAGUUUAUCACAGAGACUCAGAGACAGAGCAUAGAGACAGUUAUGGGGAGAGAGUCUGUGAUGGAGCGAGGGACUGAAGCCAGGACCUCAGUGUCAAAGGCCAGCUUGGAGAAAACAGCUCAGGUCACACUAGUGCAGGAAGAGAAGGUUGUUCCUCAGAUCACAGAUGUCAGAAGGACUUUAGCUGAAGACACACAGACAGAGACAGCCCCACAGGUCUCCAAACCAGUGCAUGACCAACCAAAACAGACAGAUGUAGAGACCAGAGCAGGAAAACAGGUUCUUUCUGAGGUUCGAGAGGUGAAAGUUACGCAGGAGGCUGCUUAUGUUGAGGUCAAACAGACAGUAGACAGAGUUCAGGUCCAGAAGGCUCCAGAAACACCAACAGCAGUGCCAGAGAAACCCAAGAGGGUGCAGCCAACAGAGCAGGUGAUCUCUCAAAGCAAAGAGGUGACAGUGAGGCAGGAGACGGUAGAGAGGGUAGAAGCUAAGACUGCUCCAGAACAACUACAGAAAGUGGAAAUGUCUGCACAAACUCAGGCCAAAGAGUUAGAUUCCAGAGCAACAGUGCAGCAGAGAUCCUCAGCAGUGAGUGAGAAGAGAGAGACACAGGGAUCUCACACUGAAGAGCAUCUCACACAGCUGCAGAAGACCAAGAAGACCAACAAGACAGAGGAACAGGAGCCCAAACAGCUCUCACAAACCACAGAAUCUGUCCGGACUGUGGCAAAGACCACAGAAGAACGAGUGGAGGUUAGAGAGGACAAACGCAGAGCUCAAGAAGGGAACUACUUCUCUGAGCUGAAGAGAAUGUCGGAACGUACAGACACAGUCACAUCGUCCACAACUGAGGAAAAGUCUUUCAGCCAAACUGAGAAGAGAACCUCCCGAGAACUGGCCCAGACCUUCCCUGAAUCUCCGGCUAACGAGUACAAACAAGUUAAGUCUGCAGCUUCUAAAGAAAAUAUGUUCUUUGUGGAGACAAUCAAACAAGACUCUGCCGGAGAAGAGAUAUUUUCUGAAGCUAAAACACCAAUGAAGACAGAAGUAUCCAUCAAACCUACUCCUGUUUGUGAAGACAAACAGGAAGCAAGUCAACGAGAGGAAACUCUGGUGUCAAGGAUUCAACACAAUGUUUAUGAAGCUGAGAAGAUCCACGAGACGAUCAGGCCUCAGCAAGUGACACCUGAAAGAGACCAGAGACCCGCGAAGGUUCAUGAGAAGACCCCACCUCAGCAAGUGACACCUGAAAGAGACCAGAGACAUGAGAAGGUCCGUGAGAAGACCACACCUCAGCAAGUGACACCUGAAGUAAACCAGAGACCCGCGAAGGUCCAUGAGAAGACCCCACCUCAGCAAGUGACACCUGAAAGAGACCAGAGACAUGAGAAGGUCCGUGAGAAGACCACACCUCAGCAAGCGACACCUGAAAGAGACCAGAGACAUGAGAAGGUCAGUGAGAAGACCACACCUCAGCAAGCGACACCUGAAAGAGACCAGAGACAUGAGAAGGUUCAUGAGAAGACCACACCUCAGCAAGUGACACCUGAAAGAGACCAGAGACCCGCGAAGGUCCAUGAGAAGACCACACCUCAGCAAGUGACACCUGAAAGAGACCAGAGACCCGCGAAGGUCCAUGAGAAGACCACACCUCAGCAAGUGACACCUGAAAGAGACCAGAGACAGGAGAAGGUCCAGGAGAAGCCUAUUCCUCAGCAAGUUACAACUGAAGGAAACCAGAGACCAGGUAUGUCCCAACGUGUCUCUGAGGAACCUGAAGACCAACAGCAGAGGCAGACAAGUUACAAUUCAACACAGAAAACUCUUUCAGAGAAACCCAAGGAGAAUUUAGCCAUGUUUGAAGUGAAGUCUGAAGAACCAAGGACAAGUUUAGAAUCAGCCAAAACGAGUUCUCAACAUGUUCUGGAUGAGACCAAGAAAACGGUCCAAAGGAGACUGACUGAAGAAGAGCGAGAUUCAGGAACUAAAGUCAUUGUUGAGAAAUCACAAACAGUUCAGAUGUCGAGCAAAAAUGGUCUGUCAGUACUGGAUGAACCAGCAAUAGACUUCUCCACAGAGGAGACCAAGAAACCAACAGUCCAAGACCUACAGCCUGAGGAGGUCUAUGCGGAGGUCUGUGGGGAGGUCUGUGAGGAGGUCUGUGAGGAGGUCUGUGAGGAGGUCUGUGAGCCAAACCAAGGGAGAGUUCUACUGAAGAACAAAGAGAAUCAAAGUGACGAAGCUGAUGAGAAAGAACAGUUCAAGGUUUCUGAGAGAGGACAAAAAGAGUCCACACAGUCUGAAGAAAGUCUUCAGCUGCAGCUCCAGGCUCACCCAGCAGGGGGCACAGCUCUUGAUUCGACGAUCGCUCCUCCGCACAAAGUAGUGGCGCCGCCUGCUGGCCGUGAAGCUGCAGCGCCCCCUAGUGUCCCUGCAGCCCCUUCCUCAGAUCAGAAGAAGCCUGUGUCUAAAGCUGCAGCUGUGGCGCCCCCUGCAGUGGCUCCUGUAGCAGAGCAGAAGCCUGUCUCUGUAGCGCCCCCUGCAGCGUCUCGUCCUGAGGAAAAGUCUCGUCCCAAAGCCACAGCGCCCCCUGCUGCAGUCUCUCCCGCUGAAGACAAGAUGUCCGCCGCUCGUAAACCAUCUCCCCCGACUCAGAAAAGCGCAGCCGCGGUUGGCUCCACAUCAGUAGGGGCAGUGUCUCCGUCGGCCUCUCCUCCUGAAGAUAAAGGCCCAAUCACUGCACCCGGACCGACCAAAGAACCAGAGCAGAGCAAACCUCGAGCUGAAGCUAAGUCUAUGGACAAAAAGCGAAUUUCAAAACUUCCCAAAGAUGAGGAGAAAUCUGAGCAGAUCAAACUCAAACCUGUGCAGAAGUCUCCAAAACCGGCUGAACCAGAGAUGGAGAAGGUGCAGCUGAAAAAGGUUCCAUCCAAACAGAAGCAGGUGGAGAAAGAGGUGGUCAGUCAGAGGAGCGAAGUCAUGAGACAUUAUGAUGACGAGCUGACGGUUCAGAAGCUCCACCACAGAGAAGACAGAGAGGUCCUGACGAUAGAGCGAACCCAACGUGUGUUUACUGCAGAUGAACACACAGGGGCGCUAGAGCAGGAGGAGACAAUGGAGAGGGAAGAGGAGACACCAAAGGAGACCAGGAAACAAGAAGAUGUUCAUGAACUGGAAAAAAUAGAGUGUCCAGAGGUCAAAAUAGAGAAGAAGAAGAUUUCAAAACUUCCCAAAGUUGAGGAAAUUUCUGAGCAGAUCAAACUCAAACCUGUGCAGAAGUCUCCCAAACCUGCCGAGCCCGAGGUGGAGAAGGUGCAGCUGAAAAAGGUUCCUUCAAAACCAAAGCAGGUGGAGAAAGAGGUGGAGACAAAAACUGCAGAAGUGACCAAAGUUAUAGACACAGAAAUGUUUGUUCAUGAACUCAGAGAUCGAGAAGACAGAGAGGUCCUGACGAUUGGGCGAAUGCAGCGUGUGUUUACUGCAGACGAACACACGGUGGCGCUAGAGCAGGCAGAGACAGUGGAGAGGGAACAGGAGGUGACAUUCAAGAAACCAAAGGAAGUGACUCAAGUGGAAAAGACUGAAUCACCAGAGACCAAAGUAGAGAAACAGAGGAUUUCAAAGUUACAGAAAGAUGAGGAGAAGGCAGAAGAGAUCAAACUCAAACCGGUGCAGAAGUCGCCCAAAGCACAAGCAGAAAAAUCAGAAGCUAAAGUGAUUGAGAUGCCAAAAGUUCUGAAAAAACAGAAAGAAGUGGAGAAGAAAGAACUUUCCCCAAAAACAAGUGCCGAAAUGGAAAAAAUACAGCUUAAAAAAGUCCCCACAAAACCAAAGCAGGUGGAGAGAGAGGUGGAGACAAAAAUUGCAGAAGUGACCAAAGUUAUAGACACAGAAAUGUUUGUUCAUGAACUCAGAGAUCGAGAAGACAGAGAGGUCCUGACGAUUGGGCGAAUGCAGCGUGUGUUUACUGCAGACGAACACACGGUGGCGCUAGAACAGGCAGAGACAGUGGAGAGGGAAGACAUGUUUGCUCAAGGACCAAAGGCAAUGACUAAACCGGCAAAGACUGAAAUGCAAGAGGUGAAAAUUGAGAAGAAGGUUUCAAAACUUCCCAAAGAUGAGGAGAAAUCUGAGCAGAUCAAACUCAAACCUGUGCAGAAGUCUCCAAAACCGGCUGAACCAGAGAUGGAGAAGGUGCAGCUGAAAAAGGUUCCAUCCAAACCGAAGCAGGUGGAGAAAGAGGUGGUCAGUCAGAGGAGUGAAGUCAUGAGACAUUAUGAUGACGAGCUGACGGUUCAGAAGCUCCACCACAGAGAAGACAGAGAGGUCCUGACGAUAGAGCGAACCCAACGUGUGUUUACUGCAGAUGAACACACAGGGGCGCUAGAGCAGGAGGAGACAAUGGAGAGGGAAGAGGAGACACCAAAGGAGACCAGGAAACAAGAAGAUGUUCAUGAACUGGAAAAAACAGAGUGUCCAGAGGUCAAAAUAGAGAAGAAGAAGAUUUCAAAACUUCCCAAAGAGGAAGAAAAAUCUGAGCAGAUCAAACUCAAACCGGUGCAGAAGUCUCCCAAACCUGCCGAGCCCGAGGUGGAGAAGGUGCAGCUGAAAAAGGUUCCUUCAAAACCAAAGCAGGUGGAGAAAGAGGUGGUCAGUCAGAGGAGCAAAGUCAUGAGACAUUAUGAUGAGGAGCUGACGGUUCAGAAACUCCACCACAGAGAAGACAGAGAGGUCCUCACAGUUCAGAGGACAACAAUGGAGCGCAUAGCGAAACAGGACGUCAUCACUACAGUGGAAGUGGAGAAACCUGAAGCUGGGACCAGCGAGGAGGAGAAAGGGGCGUGGCAGAGAAGUCCAAAACCUCAGAGGGAGAAAGAACCGGAGCCAGAUCUGACCAAACGCAAAAUCAAACUGUUACCAAAGAAAGAUGAGGAGCAGGAGGUGGUGACGCUGAAGCCCUUUGAGAAGCAACAGCAAGAGAAGGACAAGGACACAGUUCCAGAUGAGCGCAAGAAAGAACCAACAAAGCCAACAGAGAAGGUUCCAUGGGCCAGAAAGGAGCCGACACCAAAGACUACAGAACUGAAAUCAAAAGACAAUGAACCAGAGGAGCAGAGGAAAGAAUCUUUAACAGCUGAUAAAGAGGUCUCUAAACCAGAGUCUGGACCUGAACAGAGACUUAAGACUGAGGCGAAAACCAAAGAACCUAGUAGAACAAAACCAGCAGAUAAAACUGCUCCAAAUGAAACCGAAACAGUUCCCAAGCUUCAACUAAAACCAGAGCCCAAAUCAGAAGCUAAACCAGCAACAAAAGUUUCAACGCCACCAAAGGAAGAUAAACGGUCAGAGGAGAGACCAGUGGAAAAGGCGUCUUCUGAAGAGGUCCAGAAAGUUCCAAAAGUUCAACCAAAACCAGAGCCCAAACCAGAGCCCAAACCAUCUCCUAAACUCAAGACGUCUCCAAAGAAAGAGGAACUGACUGACUCUAAACCGGAUGUGAUACAGGAACCAGAGAAGGAACAAGCUGAAAAAGUCUCUUUGAAGGAAGAAGAGAAAGUCCCAAAGAUCCAGCCCAGACCAGAACCUAAACAAGAACCAAAACCAGCAACAAAGGUCACACCAAAGAAAGAGGAGAAACCAGUGGAAAGGGUGUCUCCUGAACGCCCAAAGACCUCCCCAAAGAAAGAGGAAAAACCAGUGGAACAGGUAUCACAAAAAGAACAAGAUAAGGUUCAUCCAAGACCAGAACCAAGAGCAGAGUCCAAACUGUCUCCAAAGAAAGAUGAACAGUCUAAGCCAGUGGAGCUUAAAAAGUCCCCUCCCACUCCCAAAGAGGACUCCAAGCUCCAGCUGAUGAAAGUGGUGUCACCCAGGAGCAUCCAACUGGAAAAGGUCCCCACCCAACCUGAGGAGGAGGUGUUCGAAGAGCACACAGACCAGGAAGAAGACGAGGUCUGGACCUGGGAGAUGGUUCCAACUGAGGGAGGAGCCAGAGAGGUCCCUGGGCCGAUAGGAAAACGAGACGGUAAACCAGCGGAUGAGGCUCCCAGAGGACGAGGACGAGGGUUUGGUGCUCGCCAGACACCGUCCCCUGGAGAUGCCGGUCGCGGCCGAGGCCUCAGACCUGGAGGAAAGGGCCCCUCGCCUCCGGAGCCCACGCCUGCAUUCGCCCUGAAACCUGUGGUCCUCAAGUUCACCAAGAAGAUCCAGGACAUCCUGCUGACGGAGGCUGAGUCCAUUGGCUCCUCUGCGCUCUUCGAGUCUGAGGUGUCUCCGUCCACAGCGGUGGUGUCCUGGAUGAAGGACGGCUCCAACCUCAGAGAAGAUCCCAAACACAAGUACUUCGCUGACGGACCCCACAGAAAACUGCACAUCAUUGACGUCCAGCUGUCAGACGCUGGAGAGUACACAUGUGUGGCUAAGAACGCAGGGCGCGAGAUCACCUGCACCGCCAAGCUGAUCGUGGAAGAGCUGCCGGUGAAGUGGCUGAAGGAGCUGGAGCCUGAGACCUCGUGUAUGAAGGGUCAGCCCAUGUACCUGACCUGUGAGCUGAACAAAGAGCGCGAUGUGGUGUGGAAACGGAACGGAGCCAACAUCAAGAAGAAGGCUGGAAAGAUCGCCAUCAACGUGAUCGGCAUGCAGCACGCCAUCACCAUCCAGAACGCCACCGAGGAAGAGGCGGGGCUUUACACCUGCGCCGUGGAGGGACAAGAAGACAUCGUUACCUCCACCAACGUCAAGGUUAUCGAGAUCAUUAAGGACUGGUUGGUGAAGCCACUGAGGGACCAGCACGUCAAACCCAAAUCCAGUGCCACGUUCAGGGGCGAGCUCUUCAAAGACACUCCCAACUGGAAGUGGAUGAAAGGAGACACCGAGCUGAAGCCCUCAGACAAGGUCCAGAUCGCUAAGGAUGGACCCAACGUGAACCUGACCAUCAACAACUGCCAACCUGAUGAUGUUUCUGACUAUGUCCUGGAGGUGGAGGACAAGAAAUACACUGCCAAGCUAACACUGGGAGAGCGCGAGGCGGAGAUCCUGAAGCCGCUCAAGAGCCUGGAGGUGAUGGAGAAGGAAGAGGCUCACUUUGACACUGAGAUCUCAGAGGAGGACGUGGCCGGAGAAUGGAAACUGCGAGGACAAGUGCUGAGCAGAUCCCCGACUGUGGACAUCAAGGCUGAGGGCAAGAAGAGGUUCCUCACCCUGAAGAAUGUUCAGCUGGACCAGGCUGGAGAAGUGUCCUACCAGGCCCUGAACGCCAACACCUCUGCCAUGCUCAACGUCAAAGAGAUGGAGCUGGCCUUCGUGGAGCGGCUGAAGGACGUGUCUGUGCCGGAGAACAAACAGGCCAGGUUCGAGUGCUCGGUGACUCGUGAGAUCCCCAAAGUGCUAUGGUUCAGGGGAGAGGAGGUCAUCACCCCCAGCCCCAAACAUGAGCUCAUCCACAGCGGGUUCAAACACCUGCUGGUCAUCAACAACUGCCAGUUCGAGGACGAGGCUCAGUACACGGUGGACGUACAGGGCAUGAAGAGCACCGCCGAGCUCAGGGUGGAAGGCAUGCGUCUGCAGUUCACUCGUCCGCUCCACAACCUCUCCAUAAAGGAGGGCCAGGUGGCCAUGUUUGAGCUGGAGCUGAGUCACGAGGACGUCCCGGUGGUCUGGUACCGGAACGAGGUCAAAAUCCACGUGAGCAGAACCGUGGUCACGCGGAUGGAGGGCCGGCGCCACCUGCUGGAGCUGCGCAGCCUCAGCAUGGACGAUACGUGUCAGAUUACUGCGGAGGCGAGAGGAGUCCGCUGUGCCGCCCAGCUCAGCGUGACAGGUGACAGGAAGGGGAGAGGGGGAGAGGGGGAGGAGAGAAUGUCACAGCAUCAAACCAUCUGCUCCAGUUAUCUGUGGAAAGUCUUCUACAUCCAACCAUCAGCUCAAUCUCCUCCAUCCAACCAUCUCCUCAAUCUCCUCCAUCCAAACAUCUCCUCCAUCAGCUCCAUUUCCUCCAUCAGCUCCAUCUCCUCCAUCAGCUCCAUCUCCUCCAUCAGCUCCAUCUCCUCCAUCAGCUCCAUCUCCUCCAUCCAACCAUCUCCUCCAUCAGCUCCAUCUCCUCCAUCAGCUCCAUCUCCUCUCUAA